UUUAUGAAUGAGAAUUCCUUCUUUGAAUUCAUUGAAUUGCAAUUAUUUGUGUCGGUAAAUUUACAUUUUAUAAUAUAACGUGUGUGUAAGUUAUAAGAUUUCAUAAACGUUGAUUUUGUGGUUUUUGUACUCCAAUUUUCGACAAUGGAUGACAAAGUGGCAGCUGAUUCAGAACCGAAGAGUUAUGAUUACUUAAAUGCUUCGUGUGUUUGCUGUGAAUUUGUGGAGGAUGACAAUAGCGUAAGUGUAGGGUACAGCAACUGGCUCCUGAAUUCAACUAUAGAUCUUUCUAAAAUCAUCAAAGAUCGAGAAACUGUUGCCAUAAACUGGCCAAAAAACGUCGAAGUUAAACCUCCGGAAAAAAUGAGAAAACAAAUGAAAAAUAUCAACGUCGAGUGGGAGGCAUGGAAUGUGAAAAUUCACGGAGAAGGAGAUUGGCUCGCGAUGUGUGAGGCGAGAAAAAGUUUAGAACAGACAGGAUGCGCCCAAGUCAACAGAAAAGAACGGAAGAGUUUGAAGCGAAUAAGUGAUAGUUCAAUAGAUCGUUCUGAAAAUCCCGCAUCUAAAAAUGACGUCAAUUCAAAUAAAAUAAAGAAGUCCAAGAAACAUUCUAACCUGAAAAAACUUGAAGGUUCAUCUCUUUUGAUGGAUGAAGUAUUAAGAGUAAAAUCUCAGCUGGAAGUAAGCAAUGGAGAAAGAGAUGAAGAAAUGGAAAAAUUAAGAAAGAGAAAUCAGGAGCUUGAAGAAGAAAACGAACAGCUGAAAUCGCUCAUAAAUUCACGAAAAUAUGUAACGGAAAUUGAGAAAAAGCUUAGAAAGAUUCGAAAUAAAGUAACUGACAUGGCGGAUGGAGAAAACGAAAGUUUUAAUAGUUGUGCAUCGUUGAUUGAACCAGCAGUAAGUCUUGUGAUUGGAAAAAAAUCCGAAUUAGCUCAGUUUGUAGAAGCAGGAAAAACAACUGUCCUACCUGCAGUGACCUCCAUCUCAAAAUCUGAAAUGCUCACUGAAACUUGUAACAAUGACAAUAUUCCAAUGGCGGAAAAAAUUACUCAAUUAAGCUAUGAUGUUUCAAAAACACCGCCUCAUUCUCCUGAUGUUGUGAGUGAUGACGUAUUUUUCAUGCGUUGUUCUCGCAAUAAUGUUAGAGCAUUUCUCAAUAAUGCUAUGGAUGCAAGUUUUGAGAAAAGUGAGAUGGUUGAAGGCUCAAUCACAGGAAAGCCAGCAAACUUUUUUGCUGGCUUACCUAAAGAAAAUGUCCCUUCGAGAACUCAGCUUGAUGAGAAGAAAAUCCAGAGGAUCCGAGAGUAUGCCAAAAAAGUGUUUGGGAAAGAGCAUGCUGACAUUUCGAAGAUAAACACAUACAUUGGCGAGAAAUGCAGCAAUGAGCGGAAAAUUCAACGAAGAUUGGCGGAGCAGAAGCCCGAAUAAUAAUGAUCUGUAGCCCAGAAUGAAUUUCGUUUUUUUUGUGAAAAUAAAAUUUCAGAGACUUUUUCAACAUUG